CCCAUUCUCUUCUCAAUCCAAACCUCAAGAGGAAAACGGAAAACAACAUUAUAAGAAGAAGAAGAAGAAGCAAAAAAAAAAAACAAAAUGUCGUCGGCAACUCAAAACAACGGCCAUCACUUCUUCCCGUUAACUCUCUCCGUCAAGCUCAAGUACGUUAAACUCGGCUACCACUACCUGGUCACUAACACCGUGUACCUCCUCCUCAUACCACUCGCCGCCGUCUUCCUCACCAACCUCUCCACCCUCUCCACCGCCGACCUCCUCGAACUGUGCACCAGAAACUCCGCCAUCCUCACCGCCACCUCCAUCUCCUUAGUCUUCCUGACCACCGUCCACGUCAUGCACGCCCCGCGAAAAAUCUACUUAUUGGACUUCGCUUGCUACAGGCCCAGCCCGGCCCAAAUGUGUUCCAAGGAGCGGUUCAUGAGGAUUUCAUCCGCUACGGGCAAGUUCACGGAACAAAGCCUGGAGUUCCAGCGCAAGAUACUGGAGAAAUCCGGGUACGGUGACAUGACCCACAUUCCCACGGGGCUGCUCGGGGAGCUGCCCGUGGACCAGUCGAUGGCGGCGGCAAGGGCGGAGACGGAGACAGCGAUUUUCGGAGCCAUCGAUGACUUGCUGGACAAGUGUGGGGUGGAGGUUAGGGAGAUUGGAGUGCUGGUUGUGAACAGUAGCUUGUUCAAUCCGACGCCGUCUCUUUCGGCCGCGAUCGUCAAUCAUUACAAGCUCCGGGGGAACGUCUUGAGCUUUAAUCUGGGCGGGAUGGGUUGUAGCGCAGGCUUGAUCUCCGUUGACCUCGCUAAAGACCUCCUCCAGGUGCAUCCCCACACGUACGCGCUGGUGGUGAGCACAGAGAACAUAAUCCGCGGGUCCUACUUCGGCAACGACCGGGCGAAGCUUCUGAGCAACUGCCUGUUCCGCAUCGGCGCCUCCGCCGUCCUCCUGACCAACCGCCGGUCCGACCGCCGCCGAUCAAAGUACCAGCUCUGCCACACCGUGCGGACACACAAGGGCGCCGAUGACAGGUCCUACCGCUGCGUCUUCCAGGAGGAAGACGAACAGGGCAUCGUCGGCGUCUCCCUGUCUAAAGACCUAAUGGCCAUCGCCGGGGAAGCAUUAAAAACCAACAUCACCACUUUGGGCCCGCUCGUCCUGCCCUUCUCCGAGCAGAUCCUGUUCCUAUCGACCCUAAUCGCGAGGAAAUUGAUGAAAUCCAAGGCGAUCAAACCCUACAUCCCCGAUUUCAAGAUGGCGUUCGAGCACUUCUGCGUCCACGCCGGCGGCAGGGGCGUGCUGGACGAGGUGGAGAAGAGCCUGGGAUUGACGGAGUGGCACAUGGAGCCGUCGAGGAUGACGCUGUACAGGUUUGGCAACACGUCGAGCAGCUCGCUGUGGUACGAAUUGGCGUACAGCGAGGCCAAGGGCCGGAUCAGGAGAGGGGACCGGGUCUGGCAGAUCGGGUUUGGGUCGGGUUUCAAGUGCAACAGCGCGGUCUGGCGGGCGCUCAGGACUGUGGAUCCCAAGUGCGGGAGGGAGAGGACGAAUCCGUGGGCGGCCGAGAUUGAUGGGUUUCCUCUUCAGCUUCCCAAACUGGCACCUAUUAUUGUUUACUGAUAGAAUGAAAGAUGAACAUGGGUCGGGUCGGGUGGGUGUGGAAAUGAACACAGACAGCAACAUUUAUUUAUUAUCAUGCCGUGAAAUGUAAUUUAUGGAUACUUGUAUUUGUUUGAUUGUUGUGUUUGUUUUACUUGGAACAAGGAAUAAGUCUUUUGCCCAUUGCUAUUUUUAUAGGAGCAAGAAUCACCGAUGACAGGAACAAUUUCUAAUAGAACUAAGCGAAUCGUAAGAACAAUUUUCGGUCUAGUUCUAACUUCACUCUAUCAAUCCAGACCUAAAAACUCUUCAUGCUUACUUCACUCAAAAGUUUUCGGCAGACUUUCAUCCUUCUUUUCAGCAACUAGCUAUGCUGUGCAUGAAUCAAAGAAUAGACAAUUUUAAGUCUA